UUGUGUCCUGUCGGCCAAGACUCUUGGUGCGAGUGGCAGCGCGCUGCAGCCAUGGGUAAGCUAGAAUCAUACGUGCACUCAUAUGAUGCAUUUAGUAGCGAAGUACUGGAAGCAAUUCGUCCAGUUUACAACGAUUUAAGCGCGGAAGCCUUAUUACAAAGAUGUGUUGGUGGCUUUAACCAAAACAACAAUGAAAGCUACAACCAGUUGAUCUGGAAAAUAACGCCCAAAACUGUUCCUAGUGGCUCUACAAUAGUAAAUAUUGCUGCUAAGAUUGCAGCUUCCGUUUUUAAUGAAGGAUCAUCAAUACAUCUAACUAUGCUGUACUCAAUAGGAUCAAAAUUAGGACACAACGCCCACGAGUACUGUCGCCAAAUGGACGAGAAUCGAAUUACCAUCGCUGAGCACAGAGCGCAACUUGCUACGCGGGAGGCAAGAAUCCUACGCAGACAGCAGAAAUCGGAAAACUUGGACAUUUUGGAAGACAUGGAGGACUUAUUUUAUGGGCCUGGAAUCGAUGAUACUGUAUGAUCCAGUUUCAAGAUAUCAUGUCCACGAGAGGGUCACAUUUUUUUGACGUGUUGCAUUAAAAUAUU